AAUCAUCGUUGCAUCUUAUGGAGCUGACCAUAGUCCGGCCCUGCAGCACCAAAUUUAUGAAGGUUUACGUUCAGGUUCCUCCAUGUUCUCGUUCUCGGCAGACUGCCCCGCGUCUGUUCCCCUGUUCAGGUAGGGAGCAGUGUGGGAACGAUAACUUGGGGUUCAGCGCGAUUGGAACCCGGGGUUGUGGAUCCGCCUCCCUGCAGGGAGCACGGACGUCUUUUCUGGCGUGGGUAAAAUUGGCGUUGGGCAACCGGCGAUCUCACGCACGUAACGACCUGGGAACAGCGCUCAGCGGGACGCGACACCAUGGCCAACGUGCUCAACAACCUCUUUGGAGGCAAGAAGUCCUCGGCGAGCCCGGAUCCUGCACAGGCCGGCGACUCGGACUUUGCAGAUUUCUCGCAAAGUGCCGACCCGUCGCCGGUCCCCUUCUCGCCGGCAUCGAAUACGCUUGGCGGUGUCCAGCCCCAGCAGACGCUCCGUCCCUACACGAAAUGGUACAGGAUACACGAGCGCCAUACCUGGUCUGACUUCAAGGCCGAAGGCAUUAUCCUGUCUGUUAUUGCCGUCGCCUUGAUCUUCCACCUUAUCGGCGCUCGCUUGAACCGCACCAAGGCCAAAAAGUGGAUCCGUGACCAUGCCAACACCCUGACGUCGGAAUUCGCUCUUGUUGGCUUUGCGGGCGUGCCCCCAGCGGUUGCCGACAAGAAGGGUGAUGAGCUUGUGCAGGCCCUGGCCGAUUCAAAUGCUCGUCAGGGCGAGAGCCUCCUCAAGGAGAAGAGCCUGUUCGAGUUCGCUACCUACGCGACCGGCCGCGCCAAUGUCGCCUUCCUCGACGUGAAGCUCACGCUUAUGAAGCGCUUCAAUCCGCUGACCACCCUGGCUGAGACCGCCCUGGGCUUUUUCAUCGACAGCUUCCCCCAGCCGCAGGACGUCGUAGAGGCUACACUAUACCCCUUCGAUGGCAAGGAGGCAUCCAUCGUCCCCGGCCUUCCCGGUGCCGCCGAGCUGCGUUACAAGGACGGCAAGAGCUCCUUUGACGGCUUCGUGUGGGCCAUUGUCCACAAGGAGUGCAUGAAGCAGGUCCGCGACGACCGCUACGAUGUCUCGCUUACCUACACCAAGGAUAACGCCAAGCUCCCCAACUGGCUGACUGUUAUGAGCGAGAGCGCUGAAAUUACCGACGCCCUGCUCACUCCCGAACUAGCCAAGGCCGUUGAGGCCGCCGGCGACCUUCUUGAGUACCUUAUCGUCUCAGACCAGCCGAUCGACAAGCCCAAGACAAUCGACGAGACCACCCCGCGCAAGCGCAUUUUCCUCAAGUACCGCAUCCCAUCCAACAACGACUACACAUCGCUGCUGCCCAUCUUCAAGUACUUUGUGCGCAUGACGGACCAGCUGGCCCAGCUGGCCCACUUCCGGCCGGCCGUAAUCAAGAAGGUCAAGCAGAUCCGCGAGGAGGUGGUCAAGCAGAUCCAAAAGGCCGACGAGACGAGCAAGGCCGAGGAGCGCGCCCUGGAGCGCGAGCGGGCCAAGAAGCUCAAGCGCGACCAGGAGUUGAACGCAUUGGAUGCCAAGGGCCAGAGAAAGUACCUUGAGAAGGAGAAGGAGAAGGAGAUGAGGCGGAACGUCAAGAAGCAGACUGCCAGGGCAUAGUGGGCUGGUGACUGGUAAAGGUAGAAGGGAUAGAUGCGGGUGGAGGGUGUGACUCUGGGGUGGGGCGGGGUUGGUUUGGGAGGUUUGGUUGCUUCGGCUGACGGUAUUCUGUACGCUUCUUUCUGUACGCCAUAUUUUAGGGGGAUAAGUAAAAGUCUAUAAUGAGCUGUCUCUGGAUGAGAGCCGGUGUGUCUUGUGUGAGACUGCUUCCCCGACUGCGGCUGCCCAUUGGGGUCUCAUCUGCCAUAGAUGCUCGGCAACAAUAGAUGAGAUAGCGGUCAUAGGGCUGAAGUAAGGUACUCAUAAUGGAGAAAAGGACAAAUUAUGAAUACCUAAGUACCCAGCAACGUUGUGAGAAUG